AUGUCUGACCAGGAGGCAAAACCUUCAUUCGAGGACUUGGGGGAUAAGAAGGAGGGAGAAUACAUUAAACUCAAAGUCAUUGGACAGGAUAGCAGUGAGAUUCACUUCAAAGUGACAAUGACAACACAUCUCAAGAAACUCAAAGAAUCAUACUGUCAAAGACAGGGAGUUCCAAUGAAUUCACUCAGGUUUCUCUUAGAAUGUCAGAGAAUUGCUGAUAAUCAUACUCCAAAAGAACUGGGAAUGGAGGAAGAAGAUGUGAUUGAAGUUUAUCAGGAACAAACGGGGGGUCAUUCAACGGGGUAGAUAUUCUUUUUAUUUUCUUUUUCUUUUGCCUCAAUCUUUUUAUAUUUUUAAAAAUAGUUCUUUUGUAAUGUGGUGUUCAAAAUGGAACUGAAUACUGGCACUCUUUAAAACAUCUGUUAAUUUGAAUUCUAGUGCUCAUUAUUAUCAUUUGUUUUCGUUGUGCUGAAUUUUGGUGAUCAAACCCCAGCCCUCUUCACAUUGCCCUCUCAUUUAAAAAAAUGACGAAUGUGUACAGAGAGGCCACUUUUCAGGACUGCA